CCAUAUCAAAAAUUAUUUAAAAAACGGUUCUCAUUAUAGAAUUUCUUGAUAAAAUCAAAUUACACUAUCGUUCUGUAUUUUACUGCAAGAACAAGAACUUGUUAGUUACCUUUCAAUUUUAUUUUAUUUUUGCUAUAAAUAUUUGCUAUUACAACUGCACAUCACCACUCAUUUUGUGUCAGUUAUCGUUCACAAAAGAAAAACCAAAUUCAUUCUUUCAGCAACUUUCUUUGUUCCUUCAACUUUCAAAGGAUAUUUUCUUUAAUAUCCUAAAAAAGCCUUCAUCAAAAAUCAUGAAUAUUCCUCAUUUUAUGUUUGGUGUUUUUGGAAAUGCUUUUGGUCUUUUUCUGUUCUUGGCUCCAAUAAUCACUUUCAAGAGGAUUAUUGUGCACAAAUCAACAGAGAAAUUCUCUGGAAUUCCUUACAUUAUGACACUUCUCAACUGUCUUCUUUCUGCUUGGUAUGGUUUGCCAUUUGUGUCACCAAACAACAUACUUGUGUCAAUUAUCAAUGGAACAGGAGCAAUAAUUGAAACCAUAUAUGUUUUCACCUUCAUAUUUUAUGCACCUAAGAAGGAAAAAGUGAAAAUAAGUGGUUUAUUUGCAUUUGUAAUAACAGUGUUCUCUGCUGUUGUUUUGAUCUCUCUGUUUGCACUUCAUGGUAAUUCAAGGAAAGUCUUUUGUGGCUUUGCUGCUGCCAUAUUUUCCAUCAUCAUGUAUGGUUCACCUCUCUCAAUUAUGAGACUAGUGAUCAAAACCAAAAGCGUGGAGUUCAUGCCAUUCUUCCUUUCACUAUUUGUAUUUCUGUGUGGUACCUCAUGGUUCAUCUUUGGCCUAUUAGGCCAUGACCCAUUUAUUGCUGUACCAAAUGGUGUGGGGUCAGCAUUAGGGACAGUGCAAUUAAUAUUGUAUUUGAUAUAUCGUGACAACAAAGAGAAUGCAAAAACAACAACACAAGAAGAUUCUAUGGAAAUGGGCACCGCGAAACAACCAUCAUCAAAAAAUGCAACUCAAUCCAAUUGAUUAAAAAAGUUAUACACAUGGAUCAAUCAUUAACAUGUAUAAAAAAAAAUCAUGCACGGUUAUCUUUGUCACUAUUUGUUGUCACCAAGUACCAAUUUAUUUUGUAUUUUGCUUGUAAUUUUGUGAUGUUUGUUUGUUAUGGCAAUGGUAAUUCUAGAUUUGGUUACCCAAUGUUGUGAUAUAAAUUUAUCUGUGUUGGGUUAUGUCACACCGUUUAAGUUUUUUUCAAGAAA